AUGCUGCAGGAGAAGAGCUCCACUCCUCUGGUGUGUGCAGCCGAGGCCCCAACAACAGCUCCCAGUGUGGGCCCCGAGAGGAGGACAGGAACCACAGGCACCAGGGACCAGGACCAGAACAUAGAGAACAUAAAGGUGGUUCUUCACGAGAGAGAGCUGUGGAAGAAGUUUCAUGAAGCCGGAACAGAGAUGAUCAUCACCAAAGCAGGCAGGCGGAUGUUUCCCAGUUACAAAGUGAAAGUGACCGGGAUGAACCCAAAGACCAAGUACAUCCUCCUGAUCGACGUGGUGCCGGCCGACGACCACAGAUACAAGUUCUGUGACAACAAAUGGAUGGUGGCUGGGAAGGCGGAGCCUGCGAUGCCUGGUCGGCUCUAUGUUCAUCCAGACUCGCCCUCGACAGGAGCUCACUGGAUGAGGCAACUGGUCUCUUUCCAGAAACUCAAACUCACCAACAACCACCUGGACCCAUUUGGACAUAUCAUCCUGAACUCGAUGCACAAGUAUCAGCCUCGUUUACACAUUGUCAAAGCCGACGAGAACAACGCCUUUGGCUCCAAGAACACGGCCUACUGCACACACGUGUUCCAGGAGACCUCCUUCAUCUCUGUCACCUCCUACCAGAACCACAAGAUCACGCAGCUGAAGAUCGAGAACAACCCGUUUGCUAAAGGGUUCAGAGGCAGCGAGGAGGGCGACCUCAGGGUGUCCAGACUACAGGGAAAGGAGUAUCCAGUGAUGUCCAAGAGUGUGGUUCGCCAGCGCCUGCUCUCCUCACACGCUCACCUGGGUAAGCUGAGCUCUGGAGGUCUGCCUGGGCACCCACAAGUCCUAUCCCAGUACCAGUACCACGACCCUGGGGUGAGUCCGGACCCUGAGCCUCUGUCCUCCCACUUCAGCCAGAGAGAACCGGGGCUGCUCUACCACUGCUUCAAACACAGAGACAACAGUCGUCACCUGGAACUGGGCUGUAAGCGUCCGUACCUGGACACUCCGGCUUCGGUCCCGGACGAGUACUUCCGCGCUCCGCCUGCGUACGACUCCCCCCUCCUCUCUCACCCCUACUGCCCCGAGCCCAUGCCCCCGCGGGACCCCUGCAUGUUCCCGUCCUCUGAACCAGAGCCCUCUGCUAACCCCCAUGACUGCGAAGAACUGCCGAACUCUCUCAACUGCAACGUAUGGAUGCAGAACUACCCGCGCUACAACAUGGACGCCGUGCCCUACCAGUCCUUCGCAGCGCACUUCACCAACAGUUCCACCUCCCGCCAGCAGGGGGAGCUCUACAACACGGUGCAGAGAGGAUUCCCCAUUGCAGCUGCCACAUCCUCCUCCGCUGCCUGCAGCAGGGAGCGGUCUCUGUGCCACAAAAAGCCCAGUCGAGAUUACGGAGCGUACACUUCGCAAGGAGGCAUUGCGUCCUAUCAAUACCAAGUGGGACUCAACUCGUGGACUGAGAGCUAG